AUGAAAGCAAGACAUAAUUGUUUCGAUGCUUUCUUGACUGAUUUAUUGCAAUUUAUAAAGACUAUUUUACCUGCUGGGAAUAUAUUACCGGCAACAGCCAAUAAAUCCAAGGCUAUGAUUGAACCUUUUCGAUUGAAGUGUGAAAUUAUACAUGCUUGCCCGAAUGAUUGCGUUCUUUACCGGAAGGAUUAUGCUGACAUGGAUGAAUGUCCUAAUUGUAAAGCAAGUAUAUGGAAACCAGUUGAUAAGAAGAAACCACAUGCCAAAAGAGUGCCAAUUGGUAAUAUAGAGGAAAGCAACACACACAUGCGGCAUCCUGUGGACUUUCCUUGUUGGAAGUUUAUAGAUAGCAAGUGGCCUGAGUUUUCUGUAGAGAAGAGAAAUGUGCGUUUAGGACUGGCAACCGAUGGAUUUAACCCUUUCGGAAUGAAUUAUCCCCGUAGUUGUUGGCCCGUUAUGCUUGUACCGUUGAACCUUCCCCCAUCACACUGCCUGGAUAAAGAAUUUACAAUGCUGACACUACUGAUUCCUGGUCCAACUGAACCAGGCCAUAACAUCGAUGUGUAUUUGCAGCCGUUAGUCGACGAGUUGAAAGAAUUAUGGUCUGUUGGAAAGUUGACAUAUGAUGCUCAUACAAAGAGUAACUUUACGCUGAAAGCAAUCUUAAUGUGGUGUGUGCAUGACUUUCCGGCCUAUGGACAUGUUUCUGGUUGUAUAACAUCAGGAAGAUUUGGUUGUCCUGUGUGUGGUGAAAAGACAGAUGCAAUAUGGCUAAAGAAUGGACGUAAAUUCAGCUACAUGAGUCAUAGAAGAUUCUUACCAGCUGACCACCCCUUCAGAAAUGCAAAAGCAAAAUUUGAUGGAACCGAUGAACAUGGAGAUGCUCCAUGCCGUUUGACCGGAGUGCAAUUGCUGACGAAGAUGAAUAGUGUGCGAACAGAAUUUGGGAAGUUCACAAGUGCGAAGGAAAAAACAUCAAAGUCUAUUGGGAAAAGGCGUUUGACGGGUGUCCAACUGUUGAACCUUAUGAAUCGUGUACGCACUGAAUCUUGUCGGGAAACAGGUAAGAGGAAACGGACGGUUGAUACAAGGAUUCCGCCAAAUAUGAAGAAGCGAUCAGUUGAUACAAGCACUCCAUGGUCAAAAAGAUCGAUCUUAUUUGAUUUGCCUUACUGGGAGGAUCUGCUGGUUCGACACAAUUUGGAUGUAAUGCACAUUGAGAAAAAUUUUGGUGAGAUUUUUUUUGGAACUAUAAUGGACAAUAAGGAUAAGACUAAGGAUGGGAUUCCGACGCGCAAGGAUCUGCAAAUCCUUAAGAUAAAGAGGAAUUUAUGUUUGAAGGAGAGAGGACCUGGCAAGUCUCCAGAAAUGCCGCCAGCACCUUAUCAUUUGUUUAUAGAAGAGAGAAAACUAGUGUGCACGUCUCUUAGUAACCUGAAGGUUCCUAUUGGUUACUGCGGGAACUGGAAAGGGCAUCGUCUAUUGAUUGAGGCCAUUCGACAGGUGUCAUUGUUCUUUAAAGUUCUUUGUUCUAAGGUUCUUGAUAUUGAUGAGCUUCGCAUCAUGCACCAACGUCUCGUGGAGUCUAUAUGUGUUUUUGAAAUGUAUUUCUCGCCGGAUUUUUUUGUUUCAAUGAUACAUGUCGUCGUACAUUUGGCAGAAGAGGCAGAAACAUUGGGUCCUGUUACAACUCGAUGGAUGAUGAUGAGAACAUUCAAAGUUUUUGGUCGCAACAAAAACUAUAUAGAGGGAUCUAUUACAGAACAAUAUGUAUUUGAUGACGGAUUGAGACAUUGUAUGGAGUAUAUUCUGAAUGGUAGGGAGAAGUGUUACAAGAAAAAGGGAAGUAUAUCUACUGACGAUAAUAUUCAGGAAGGUCCAUACCCGCCAAAUAUGUCUGAAGGAAAAAGAUAUCAUAUACCUAACCCACAGUACGAACAAGCACGCAUAUGGGUUUUGAUGCAUUCUAAAGAAAAUACUGAAUGGGAAAAGAAGUAUGACAGAUUACAUGUUAGAGGAAGAAGGAAUUCAAGGAAUCCUGAUGAAUACAUGAAAUGGCUAAUGCAACAAUUUCAGGGAAAAGACAUGACAAAUUUUAAGCGUCUUGUUGAUGGUCCAUCUAGAUAUGCAGUAUCACAUAAAGCAUAUGCAGUAAAUGGAUAUAUCUUUUAUACAACUGAUGCACAAAAAGGUAUGUCCACCCUAAAUAGUGGAGUGUCCAUGAAUGGCACAACCACAUUCAGAGCAAGUGCCAGAGAUCAGAACACGGUGGACGAUGAAGUUACGUAUUUCGGAAUUGUUAAACAAAUUCUAGAACUGGAUUACACCACCUUCAAGCAAACUGUAUUUUAUUGUGAUUGGGUUCGUGUCGAAGACAAGGUGAAUGGAUGGUAUGUGGAUCCGGUUACAAAACAUAUUUAUGUAAACUUCGAACGGUUUAUGGGUAACAAAAAAGACACCGAUGAGCCAUUUAUCCAUUCUUCUCAAGCUACUUCAGUUUUUUAUUGCAAGGAUGAGAGUAGGCCUGAUAGGAAGUGGCACAUUGUUUUAGAAUCUCGAAAACAACAAAGUCCUUAUGUGAAUGCUUUUGAGGAUCCUUUUGUAUUUAUCGCCAUAGCUAAAGAAUCUUCCCUAACGGCAGUGAACUUGGAUGAUAACAGUAACUCGGAGGAUGUGAAGGGAAGCCGUUUUUAA